AGAGGCGGACUACAUCUCCCGUGGGGCACCAGGAAGGAGCGGCCGCCGCAGCGCCCGCCCGCAGGCGCAGUGGGGACGCCGGAACCGCUAUAAGCGGCGUUGUUUGGGUUCGCGGCCGCGGAGCGGAGAAGCUGCGGCGGGGCCGUCGGCGGGCGGAGAUACUUGAGGUGAAAAUCCACGUGUAAACCCUGGCGUUUACAGAAGAUGAAAGACAUCGACAUAGGAAAAGAGUACAUUAUACCCAGUCCUGGGUAUAGGAGUGUGAGGGAGAGAGCUGACUCGGUGCAUGAAGAGCAGGAAGAGUCUAAUUUUCCGCAUUCUAAACUUAAGCAGAUUGAAUGCCAGGAUGCCUUGGAAGCAGCAGCUCGGGCAGAGGGCCUGCCACUGGACAUCUCUGUGCAUUCCCAGCUGAGAAUGCUGGAUGAAGAGCAUCACAAGGGCAAAUACCACCAUGGUCUGAAUGCACUGAAACCCAUACGGACCACUUCCAAACACCAGCACCCGGUUGUGUUAUCUGGGCUUUUUUCCUCCAUGACCUUCUCCUGGCUCACUCCUUUGGCCCACAGAGCAUACAAGAAAGGGGAAUUGUUUAUGGAUGAUGUAUGGUCUUUAUCAAGGCACGAAUCUUCAGAUGUCAACUGCAGAAGGCUGGAAAGACUGUGGCAGGAAGAACUAAAAGAAAAUGGGCCUGAUGAUGCUUCUCUCCGGAGGGUUGUGUGGAUUUUCUGCCGCACCAGGCUCAUCCUUUCCAUAGUGUCUCUGAUGAUCACGCAGCUCGCAGGUUUCAGUGGACCAGCCUUCGUUGUGAAACACCUCUUGGAGUAUACCCAGCAGAGUGAGUCCAACCUGCAGUACAGCUUGUUUUUAGUUUUUGGCAUCUUUAUGACGGAGGUGGUGCGCUCGUGGUCGCUGGCACUGACGUGGGCGCUGAACUAUCGCACGGGGGUCAGACUGCGCGGGGCUGUCCUCACAAUGGCCUUCAAGAAAAUCCUUAAGCUGAAGAACAUCAAGGAGAAGUCUCUUGGAGAGCUCAUAAAUGUUUGUUCCAAUGAUGGUCAGAGGAUGUUUGAAGCUGCAGCGGUUGGCAGUUUGUUGGCUGGGGGCCCUAUUGUGGCCAUCUUGGGAAUGGUUUAUAAUGUGAUUAUUCUGGGUCCCACAGGCUUCUUGGGAUCUGCUGUCUUCAUCCUCUUCUACCCAGCAAUGAUGUUUGUGUCGCGCCUCACAGCUUAUUUCAGAAGAAAAUGUGUAGCAACAACAGAUGAACGUGUGCAAAAGAUGAACGAAGUUCUUAAUUACAUAAAAUUCAUUAAAAUGUAUGCCUGGGUCAAACCGUUUUCUCAGAAUGUUCAAAAAAUCCGUGAGGAAGAACGCAAAAUCUUGGAGCGUGCAGGUUACUUCCAGAGCAUCACUGUGGGAGUGGCUCCCAUUGUUGUUGUCAUUGCCAGUGUGGUGACCUUUUCUGUCCAUAUGAUCCUUGGCUACGACCUUACAGCAGCUCAGGCAUUCACAGUGGUCACUGUCUUUAACUCAAUGACUUUUGCUCUCAAAGUAACUCCGUUCUCAGUGAAGUCUCUGUCUGAGGCAUCUGUUUCUGUUGACAGAUUUAAGAGUUUAUUUCUAAUGGAAGAGGUUCAUAUGAUAAAGAAAAAACCAGCCAAUCCUCACACCGCGAUAGAGGUGAAAAAUGCUACCUUGGCUUGGGACUUCUCCCACGCCAGCGUCCAGAGCUCACCAAAGCUGACCCCCAAAGUGAAAAAAGACAAGAAAGGCACCAAGAGCAAGAAAGAGAAAAUGAAGCUACAGAAUGAGGGACAGCAAGCUGUGCUGGCAGAGCAGAAGGGCCAUCUUCUAGUGGACAGUGAUGACCAUCACAGCCCCGAAGAGGAGCACAAAAUCAUCCACCUGGUUAGCCUUCGGCUUCAGAGGACUCUGUACAACAUUGACUUGGAGAUAGAAAAGGGAAAACUUGUUGGAAUUUGUGGCAGUGUGGGGAGCGGAAAAACUUCACUUAUCUCAGCAAUUUUAGGACAGAUGACCCUGCUGGAGGGCAGCAUCGCAGUGAGCGGGAGCUUCGCGUACGUGGCCCAGCAGGCCUGGAUCCUCAACGCCACUCUGCGGGACAACAUCCUCUUUGGCAAGGAGUACGACGAGGAAAGAUACAAUACGGUGCUGAAUGGUUGCUGUCUAAGGCCUGACCUGGCCAUCCUUCCAAAUGGGGACCUGACAGAGAUUGGUGAACGAGGGGCUAACCUGAGUGGGGGACAGCGUCAGAGAAUCAGUCUGGCUCGAGCCCUGUACAGUGACAGGGACAUUUACAUCCUCGAUGACCCCCUUAGUGCCUUAGAUGCUCACGUUGGAAAUCACAUUUUUAACAGUGCAAUAAGGAAGCACCUGAAGUCAAAGACUGUCCUUUUCAUCACACAUCAGCUUCAGUAUCUUGUUGACUGUGAUGAAGUGAUCUUCAUGAAAGAAGGCUGCAUUACCGAGCGAGGCAGUCAUGAGGAGCUGAUGAAUUUAAAUGGGGAUUAUGCAACUAUUUUUAAUAGUCUACAGCUGGGAGAAACACCACAUAUCGAGAUUAAUAUAAAGAAGAACACAAACAAUUCAUUGAAGAGGCCCCAGGAUAAAUGUACCAAAACAGGGUCUGUGAAGAAGGAGAAGGUUGUAAAGAAGGAAGAAGAGGGCCAGUUGGUCCAGUUGGAAGAGAAAGGCAAAGGUUCUGUGCCCUGGUCUGUUUAUGGUGUCUACAUUCAGGCAGCUGGAGGCCCCUUUGCAUUCCUCAUCAUCAUGGCACUGUUUGUGCUAAAUGUGGGCAGCACAGCUUUUAGCAAUUGGUGGCUGAGUUUCUGGAUCAAGCAAGGCAGUGGAAACACCACUGUGACUUUGGGAAAUGAGACUGUCAUAAGCAACAGUAUGAAAGAUAACCCUCACAUGCAUUACUAUGCUGGCAUCUAUGCACUGUCUAUGGCAGUUAUGUUGAUCCUGAAAGCUGUUCGUGGGGUGGUGUUUGUAAAGGGAACUCUCAGAGCAUCCUCAAGGCUCCAUGAUGAGCUCUUCCGACGGAUUCUGCGUAGCCCCAUGAAGUUCUUUGACACUACACCCACUGGGAGGAUCCUCAACAGGUUUUCCAAAGACAUGGAUGAAGUUGACGUUCGUUUGCCGUUUCAAGCGGAAAUGUUCAUCCAGAAUGUCAUCCUUGUGUUCUUCUGUGUGGGGGUGAUUUCUGGGGUUUUCCCCUGGUUCCUGGUGGCAGUGGGGCCCCUCAUUGUCCUGUUCACAGUUCUGCAUGUCGUGUCUAGAGUCUUUAUUCGAGAGCUCAAGCGUCUGGACAACAUCACACAGUCUCCAUUCUUGUCUCACAUUACAUCUAGCAUCCAGGGUCUCUCCACAAUCCAUGCCUACCACAAAGGACAGGAAUUUCUGCACAGGUACCAGGAGCUGCUGGAUGACAACCAGGCCCCGUUUUACCUGUUCAGCUGCGCGAUGCGCUGGCUGGCCGUGCGCCUGGACAUCAUCAGCAUUGCCCUCAUCACAACCACUGGCCUUAUGAUUGUCCUGAUGCAUGGCCAGAUCCCUCCUGCCUAUGCUGGCCUGGCCAUCUCCUAUGCUGUGCAGUUAACAGGGUUAUUCCAGUUUACAGUCAGACUGGCUUCAGAGACAGAAGCUCGUUUCACCUCGGUGGAGAGGAUUGACCACUAUAUCAAGACGCUUUCCCUGGAAGCUCCUGCACGAAUUAAGAACAAAACUCCUCCUCUGGACUGGCCACAGGAAGGUGAAGUUGUUUUUGAAAAUGCAGAGAUGCGGUAUCGAGAGAACCUCCCUCUAGUACUUAAAAAAGUGUCCUUUACCAUCAAACCGAAGGAGAAGAUUGGCAUUGUGGGGAGGACAGGCUCAGGGAAGUCUUCCCUUGGAAUGGCACUCUUUCGUCUCGUUGAACUGUCUGGAGGCUGCAUUAAAAUUGAUGGAGUGAAAAUAAAUGACAUUGGCUUGGCAGAUCUUCGGAGCAAACUCUCCAUAAUCCCUCAGGAACCUGUGCUGUUCAGUGGCACUGUGAGAUCAAACUUGGAUCCUUUCAAUCAGUACAGUGAGGAACAAAUCUGGGCUGCUUUGGAAAGGACUCACAUGAAGGAGUGUGUUGCACAGCUGCCUAUGAAACUUGAUUCAGAAGUGAUGGAAAAUGGGGAGAACUUUUCUGUUGGAGAGAGACAGUUAUUGUGUAUAGCUAGAGCUCUGUUGCGUCGUUGCAAGAUAUUGAUCCUGGAUGAAGCAACAGCUGCUAUGGACACGGAGACAGACUUACUGAUCCAGGAGACCAUCAGAGAGGCGUUUGCAGACUGCACUAUGUUAACGAUCGCUCAUCGCCUGCACACGGUCCUGGGCUGCGAUCGCAUCAUGGUGCUAACACAGGGACAGGUAGUGGAAUUCGACACCCCGACUGCCCUUCUGGCCAACGAGAACUCGCGCUUCUAUGCUAUGUUUGCUGCUGCAGAGAACAAGGUUGCUGUCAAGGGCUGAAAUUCAGGGCAAAGUCACUUUAAUUUUGGAGAGCUACGCUCCCUGCCUGUGGCAGGCCAGCUCUUCCUCCUCCUCGCAGAUUAUUGUCUUUUCAUCUUUUAAUUUUUAGCACAAUGUGUCAAGCCAGAGAGUUUUAAAAACCAUGUCAGAAGAACUCAUGUUUUUAUUAUUGUAUUUAUUCCAUACUACUAAUUUUUUGUUAUUAAAUGCACUCUACAAAUGGCUCAGGGAGCCAUAGUUAUAAAUGUAUCAGAGGCCUAUAAUGAAGCUUUAUACAUGUAGCUAUAUCUAUACAUAAUUCUGUAUAUAGCCUAUAUUUACAGUGGAAAUGUAAGCUGUUUAUUUUAUAUUAAAAUAAGCACUGUAUUAAUAACAGUGCAUAUUCUUUUCUAUCAUUUUUGUACAGUUUAUGGUACCAGAGAUCUGGCUUUGUUAUCGGACUGUAUCAGACAAUGUUUUGUCUUUUACAGUUCGUCUUUUCCUAGUGCCGGAUUUUCUGCGUGUCUGAGUGGAAGUGAAGCUUUGCAAUAGUGUCCUUUAUUGUCACAUCUUUGUCUAGCGCAGCAGAGAAGAGCUCUGUGGUGUAACUAUUGCAUUGUAAUUUAUCAGAGCUAUUUGGGGCAUUGCUAAUGCUCACCACGGCAGCGGCUGCUGCUUCCCAUGAUGCUUUUCCAAAGCAGGGUUUUUAGUGAUCCGAAUGGAGAACCACUCCUGGGUCACAUUAAGGCCUUGUAUUUUCUCAGUGUCCUGACACAGUAUUUCUUACUGUAUCAGCAGAGUUUAUUUUAAUGUAAGCAAGCCCAAGCUCUUCCUGCUUCGCUGAUCUAACACAACCAAAAUCUUACUGUUUGUGGAAUGAUCUGUAACAAAUUAAUCAUAAGGUUCAAAUUGUACCCUGUAUGCUGGCAGGAAAGCCUUUUCAGAGUUGCUUCAGCUGACUGACUCUUUAUCUUGAAGCUGCUAACACUCCUCAGAGGUUUAGGUUGGCUUUCUCUGGCAUGGGUAACACUAACUCUUUGUUCUGCUCACUUAAACUAAGAUUAAUCAACAUGGAUAUUCCUGUUUCUUUCUUGCACACUUGUUAAGGAAGCAGUCCUCGACCCCACGUCUUCUGGAACCUGAAAGGGGUUCCUGUUGAUCAGGAUGUAACACUGGUGUAGGACAUGGUUUUCUUACUGUAAAUGACCUACCUCAGGUUACUGGGUCCUGCGUAGUGCGUUGCCAUGAUCACUGUACACCAUCCCUGUUUUUGGGACCUGUGGCCCGGGGGACACAGUCGUUCCUGUGAUAGCUGUGACUUAUUGAAUGGUCAGCGUUGCAUGUCUUUGUCAACUUGGACAUUUUGUAGCCUUAGCAUGUUUGCAAAAUGUCUCAUUGAGGCAGAAAUCUGAAAAGUAAAUAAAACUAUUUUGGGUUUUGUAAA